GAGAUGGAGUUUCCCUCUUGUUACCCAGGCUGGAGUGCAAUGGCGCAAUCUUGGCUCACCGCAACCUCAGCCACCUGGGCUCAGGCAAUUCUCCUGCCUCAGCCUCCCGAGUAGCCAGGAUUACGGGCACGCGUCACCAUGCCCAGCUAAGUUUUUAUAUUUUUAGUAGAGACGGGGUUUCACCAUGUUGACCGGGAUGGUCUCGAUCUCUUGACCUUGUGAUCCACCCUCCUUGGCCUCCCAAAGUGCUGGGAUUACAGGCUUGAGCCACCGCGCCCGGCCCAAUUGAUCUUUUUUUUAAGGAAGAUACAUCUGAUAGCAGUGUUGAGAAUAAACUGAGGUAGAACAAGUGGCUGGUAGCCAACAACCAAAUUGGAAGGUGGAUAUGAUGGUUGAAAAUUAUGUAAAGGGUCAGGAAAUUAUGUACAGGCUCAUGCCUGUAAUCCUAGCACUUUGGGGGGGCCAAGGCAGGCAGAUUACCUUAGCCUAGAAGUUCGACACUAGCCUGGGCUAUAAUUUGGCUUAUAAAUGUCUCAUUGGGUAUUAAGUGCUAUGAUCAAUUUGCCAAGGUUUGCAAAUCAAACACUUGGCACAAACAACCCCUAAAUCAUCUGAACUAAGUAGGACAACAUAGCAAAAUCUCAUCUCUACAAAAAAAAAAAUACAAAAAUUAACCAGGCUUGGUCGCAUGCACUUGUAGUCCCAGCUCCUUGGGAGGCUGAGAUGGGAAGAUCACCUGAGCCUAGGAGUUCAAGGUUGCAUGUAGCUAUGAUUUUGCCACUGCACUCCAGCCUGGGCAACAGAGUGAGAUCCUGUCUCAAAAAGAAUAAUAAUAAUACACUUUAAAAAGUUGAUUUAAAAAAAUAAUAUACGGCCUGAACUGAGACAGGGACAAUUUAGUUGUAAAAAGUAUGCCAGAUUUGACUGAUUUCUACUAUAAAUUCAGCAGGACCCUUACAUGAGAGUGAAGAAGGCGGUCUCAGGAAAGGAUGUUGUUAGAUGAUUUACAGUAUCAUCAGAUGAACUUUAGGGAUAAAACAUAUAUACCACAUUUGAAACACAAGUAAUUUGAGGAAAAAAAAUGCAUUAUAACAGAAGAUGGCAAUCAGCAUAUAUAUAAGAAACUCUGCCUAUGUACUGGAGCUAAACCAAAGUUGAUAUGUGAAGGAAAUCCUUAUGUAUUAGGAAUCCGUGAUACAGACAGUGCUCAGGAAUUUCAGAAACAGCUUACUAAAGCUAAAAGAAUAAUGAUCAUAGGGAACGGUGGUAUUGCACUUGAGUUAGCAUAUGAAAUUGAAGGCUGUGAAGUGAUUUGGGCCAUUAAAGAUAAAGCUAUAGGGAAUACUUUCUUCGAUGCAGGAGCAGCUGAAUUCUUGACUGCAAAGCUCAUUUCUGAAAAAUCAGAGGCUAAAAUUGCACAUAAAAGAACCAGAUAUACAACUGAAGGAAGGAAAAAGGAAGCCAGAAGCAAAUCUAAAGCAGAUAAUGUAGGUAGUGCGUUGGGACCAGAUUGGCAUGAAGGCUUGAAUCUUAAAGGAACAAAACAGUUUUCUCGUAAGAUUCACAUUGAAACUAUGUGUGAAGUAAAGAAAAUCUACCCUCAGGAUGAGUUUAGAAUUUUGAAGAAAAAGUCCUUCACUUUUCCAGGAGACCAUAAGUCAGUUACAACUGAUACAGAGAUAUGGCCUGUGUAUGUGGAAUUGACCAAUGAAAAUAUAUAUGGCUGCGAUUUCAUUGUCAGUGCUACAGGAGUCACACCAAAUGUAGAACCUUUUCUCCAUGGUAACAGUUUUGAUCUAGGAGAAGACGGUGGCCUGAAAGUGGAUGAUCAUAUGCACACAUCCCUUCCUGAUGUCUAUGCUGCUGGUGACAUCUGUACUGCAUCCUGGCAGCUGAGCCCAGUCUGGCAGCAGAUGAGGCUGUGGACCCAGGCUAGACAAAUGGGAUGGUAUGCAGCCAAGUGCAUGGCUGCAGCGAGUUCAGGAGACUCUAUUGACAUGGAUUUCAGCUUUGAACUGUUUGCUCAUGUGACAAAAUUUUUUAACUAUAAGGUUGUACUGCUGGGAAAAUACAACGCACAGGGCUUAGGUUCAGAUCAUGAAUUAAUGCUGAGAUGUACCAAAGGACAAGAAUACAUCAAAGUCGUCAUGCAAAAUGGACGAAUGAUGGGAGCUGUCUUAAUUGGUGAAACUGAUUUAGAAGAAACAUUUGAAAACCUAAUUUUAAACCAAAUGAAUCUUUCAUCAUAUGGAGAAGAUCUGCUAGAUCCAAAUAUUGAUAUAGAAGAUUAUUUUGACUGAAAAUAGAAUUUCUUCAAGUAUCGUAUAAUGUUCCAAAUGACACCAAAACAAUCACAAGUCAAUAAAAUGAAUGAGUGCAUUGAGUUAAUGCUGACCACACUGAAAAUUACAGAAGUGAAAAUGAUAUUAAUGGAAAAGUAUAAGAACAAAUUCUAAGUGAAAUCAGUUCAAAUAAUUUAUUUAUAGAUAUAUCUUUCCAACACAACACUGACUGCUUAGAUAAAAAGUCUUAAGUUGUUUAUUUCUGUGUUUUGCUAACAUUUUAUAUUGAUGACUUACUCCUUUUUUGUUUGAAUUGUACUUCUGGUUUUAUAACCUGAAAUCAUCUACAUCAAGCUUGUCCAACUCAUAGCCCACAAGCCUAAUAUAGCCCAGGACAGCUCUGAAUGCAGCCCAACACAAAUGUAUAAACUUUGUUAAAACGUGAGAUUUUCUUGAAACUUUUUUUUAAGUGCAUCAGCUGUCAUUAGUGUUAGCAUAUUUUAAGCAGGCCCAAGACAAUUCUUCUUCUUCCAGUAUGGCCCAGGGAAGCCAAAAUAAUGGACAUCCCUGAUCUACAUAUUCAACUUAAAAGUAUCAUUCACGUUUAAUGAGCCUCUGUCAGUAUAAUAUUGCUUUCAAAAAGAUAGUUAUAUAAAAAGAAAAAAUACAGCUAAUAUAUAAAGGCAUAAAAAAUUAUAUGAACUUAUUCUCAAAUAUUUUACUUUUAAAGGGUUUUACAUAAGAUUUUUUUCCCCUUGUUUUAUACUGGAAAAUUAUAUAAUUCAUGAUCUCUAAUUUUCAAAAGUUCUCAAAAGUUUAAAUCUUCAGAGAUAAACUCUGAAAAUAUAGAUACAUAUCUAUAAAAUAUCAAUGAAAUGGUUUUUAAAAUGAAGCUUUUGUCUAACUACAAAAAUAAUGGCGUAUACAUGCAUAAACAUCUUUAAUUAGAAAAUCUGGUAACAUUCACUUCAGGCAUCAUCCAUUUUUCUUUUCUUAGCUCCUGUAUGCUUAGAACCAGAUUGCUGAAGCAUGUUUGCAGGCUUCUUCUGGAAGUUACCUGAAUGUUUUUUCUCCAUCUUUUUAUCACCUUGUUCAGAAUGACAAGUUUGAGAUGAUUCAACCUACAAAAAAAAAAUAACAAAGCAAGCACUUCGGUAAAAAUUCAGCUAUUCAGUUUUUCAUGAGAUUAAAAAUUUCAAAAUAUUCUUUAUCAGUUGGCUUUUUAAGUAUCAAGGGGUCUUGUUUUUUUACCUACAAAUUUCUAUUCAAAUAUGAGCUCUAUUUUGAAUAAAAGAGGCUACACUGUGAGAGAAGUUCUAAAGACCUCAAAUAUCCUUAGACACAAUGGCACCUGACAUGCUUUUGCAGACUUGAUAGUAUUUGGUUUAUAACAGUGGUUUUUAACCAAUGGAAGAGCAGAAACAGACUUCUCAACUAUUAGUAAUCACAACCAAUACCAUAAGAGCAGAGUGCAUAACAAAAUUAGAUACUAAAAUGGAGUCCUCACAUUCCAAGAGAUGGGAAACCCCUAGUUUUCUCUCUUCCAUACCCAGAAAUCUAAUCAGAAAACUGACUUUCCCUAUGUUCAACUGGACCUAGGGGGAUAUGACAGAAAAGCAUCCCAUAGGCUUCAAUAUAUUUUUAAAAAUACAUAAAACUGAAAAUUAAUAGCCAGUUACCCUGAAAGAGUUCUGUGUGGACUUCGUCACCUGCAUAGUAAUAGCAUGUGCCUCAUUGUUCAGAAGAUUAGCUUUAGGUCCUAUUUUCAAAUAUGAAAUGGUAGCAUAAGCUGUAAAACUGUAGUCUUCUCUGCAGAAAAUAAAGGCCAACAAUAAGAAAGCUUUUGAAGGAAUCACAGAAAACAAAUUUAUAAAAGAAAUAACUAAGUGCAAUAUUUUUUUAGUAACACAUUGACUUGAAAUAAUAAAACUUAGAAGAAUGCAAAUAUAACCUGUAUAGAAAA